UGGUAGGUGAUCUUUUGGAACUUUAACUGCCUCAUUUCUCCACAAAAAACAGCUGUUUUACUACACCAGUCAAGGUACCUUUGAAGAUUCAAACCAGGGAGGCAACUCAAGAGGAAACAACACAGGAUCAGAUGUCCAGUUCGGAAAUGGAUGGUGAAAAAUGAUUCACAAUAUACAAAGUGCUUCAUUUUUUGGCUUUAUAAUCAAUGGUCUAAAUGCUGCUGGAAGAUUCCAAGCUAUCAAAAAAAUGUCUUCAGUCUCAGUUCAUCCAUCUGUGCUCAGCAACCAAAACAAAACAGAGAGUGUGACUCUUGCGUCAAUGAAGGAGGCAUGGACAGUAGUGGAUAGAAAUUCAUCAAGAGCAGCAGGAGAUGAUUUGCCUCCCAUUCUUCAUACAAAGGACGGAGACUACAAGCAACAGAGUAUUCAAGAGUGGCUCAACAUGAGCUGCACGUUGCAUGCAAAUGAACACAGGCCCCAGAGCCCACAGAGAACAGGUAUCAUGAGAACGAUGAACAGUGUAGAAGAUGACUUGAUGCUGGGUGUAGAAGCUACUUUAUACCCAAAUGGAAUGCAGAACAUGUCUGUACAAGAAUAUUUGAGGACGUUGGACACUUGCUCUGAAAAGCAUCCACUGACAAGAUGGAACAGCGUGGCUUCAGCAACCUCAGUGACUAGUGGGCCCAAGAGUGUUGUUGAAUUACUGGAUCUCUGGCAUGAUGACCCUGAGGAGCUUCUCAUUGAGCUUGGUUUUGGCAAGGAGGAUGCUGACAUCUCAACUAAAAUACCUGUUCGUUACAUCAAUAGCUCUUCUGUUGCAACUGGAAUAAAUUUAGGAGUGUUUCUGGAUGCACAGAAGCUACGGAUGGAAAAGGAAACCACCGAUUUAUACAGUCGUUUCCGGCAACUUGAAGCCUUACAAAAAGCACAUGAUGUAUUCUCCUUGUUCCCAGAGAUAGACAACCAAAAUCUAUCUCCUGAGCUCAUCACUGAAGAGGAACAACAUUCAGAUACAACAGAGAACUGCACAAAAAUGUUGAGGAAAGUGUCGCAGAACAUGAAGGACUCUCAAAAUUUCAUAGUAAGUAAUGAGAAGCCUUCAGGAAGGGAUAGACGAGCUGCUUUCCAACGUGCUCACCAGUCUAUUCCUGAAGACGGCUUUUUGGCACCACUGACAGUAGAACAGAAUGAGGCUGAGAACAAGGCUCCUGAUUUGCCUCUUAACUUGAAGGACGGCCAACAUUGUACCUUGCUGGAAAUGGCUGACAAAAGCAGGGACAGGGAAUCCCGACUCAUUACCUCCCAAGCAAAGAAACUGAAAUUCUACACAAGUGAUCAGCCACCAGAUUCCCUCGAAAUGGAAGAGGUCCAGAGCUUUGAUGAAGAUAGUUGUCCAAGAAUGACUACCAACAAAAUAUUUUUAGACAUGAAGAGAGAAAAUAGUUGUCAGUCAGACAGUAGUGGAUUUCUGGAGGAGCCGUUCAUCCCACAACAGAUUCAAUGUGCCCUACAAAAUGUUAGUGAUGACAGCAGCAGCAGACAAGACACAUUACAAGAAAACAGGCAGUGCACAGAUCCUGAACAAACAAUAGGCAGCUUUACUGAUCAAACCUGUAUUGCUGGGUCUGUCGAAAGUCAUCAGACACUGUGCUCAGAAGCACACACACUGUCAUGUGUUUUACAAGAAGAGAAGAUAUUUAAUGUAGAAAACCUCAACAAUUAUCCUCCUGCUUUCUCUAAUCAGCAGUGGAUUGCAGCUCCGUGUGCUGAAAAAGUCCCUGGGGAGAUAAAUGGAUUAAGUGGCAGCAGCAGCUGUUUACAAAUAACACCUCUAGAGACUACAAUGCACAGUUCAGCUCUUGAUACCAGUACCUGGCUCAGUAAUGGGAUCCAUAUUCAGAACAGUGCAGCAGAUUGUCAGAAUGACAAUCCUAUAAAGAGUAAUGCAACAACUUUGAGCAAUAUGAGCACAAGUCAGGAGAACUCUAAUCUUGUUCCACAACAUUUUACUGGUACAAACAAAUUGGUGACCUUCCAAAUUCCUCAAGACAAACUGCAACAAAGGAACAUCAUUGAGUUUUAUUCUUUAGAGCCAUUACCAUUUUUAUUUCAGCCAGAUAAAGACACUUCCAAGCAUGAGAAUGUGCUCAGAGGAAGAGGAGUCGAAUUGAGAGAUGCAUUCGUGCAGACUGAUGAGAACACUGGGGAGUGUGCUACUGAAAGAUGUCAACAUGAUCAAGUAAAGAACUUCACUUCAGUUGCAUUUCAAUCUGGAAGACUGUUGAGGAAAUCAAUGUCCUUGGAUACUGGACUGCAUAAUAUUGAAGAGAAUGCUCAGGAGCUAACUGUUAUCCCUCCAGCCCACUGUCACUACUGCCACCACUGUUACUGUCUCCACCAUCACUGUUCAUCAACAUGGUUCAAUGGAAAGGAUGCAAAAUGUCAAUCAAAGACUGCUGUAUCAAAUUCAGAGAGACAAUUGAUCAAGACCUUGCAGCAAUUACAACAAACAGCAAAGAUCAUCUCUGUAUCCCCGCAUGCCAUACAAGAAAUUGAGACCAUGAAGAAAUCUCUACAGGGUUUUCGGAACAGGUUAGUGGACCUAGAACAGGACAUCAUUGAACAGCAGGCUUCAGUCUACAGUGUUCUAACUGAAGACGAGAGAGAGGAUGUGAAACGACUGCAGACACUACGUCGAGCAGUACGUCAAGAAGUUACAGAGUUGGAGGUUCAGCUUGAGGAUCGGUCUCGGCAACUUGGAGAAGGAAUGGGAAUGUUUCAGAGUUUGGUGGAGGAGCAGUCUUCCUUCUGUUCAUACAUAGAUGUGCUGAGGCAAACAGGGGAUGCAACAUCAACGAGCUGGUCUUGGCCUUCAUCCAGCUGUACAAUCCCUGCACCAGCACCAGCAACCACCUCACAGGAGGUGCCAGUGCCUCCUGUCUCAGGACUAAGCCCAGCUCCUUCUGCAUCAAAUAAAAAUGACACUGAAUCCGACCUGGAAGCUGACAAAGGUGCAGGGUUAAAAGCAAAAAAGCAAAACCUUCAUUCAGAAAUGCUGGAUUUUAGAACCAUUCUGCAAACUAUUAAACAAUCAUUUAAACAGCUCCGAUCGGCAAGUCCUGAACCAACUGAAAGUAUUAACCACUGAAGAACCUUCACAUGGUACUGAACAAAGGGUACAUCAGGGAAAGAUAGAGAGCACUUAUGAAUGGAAAAGACGAGAGGAGACAGCACUCCGGUUCUAAACAUCAAUCAGCUAUACACCUGUGCUGAAGGCUACAAGUAGUCUGAUGCUAAUGUUUUACGUUCAUAUAUUGUAAUGAAAUGCUAAGUACUUAUGUAAAUGUGUUGUGUUACAUAUGUACAUGUUCAGCUGUAGAUUUUCAUGCUAUCCAUUUCAUUGGAACUCUUUCUGCAAUGUUUUCACUUAUGGCUUUUACCUCAUCUUGGAUUGCCUACGUCCUUCAUCUAAACCCAAAUGGUUCAAGGUGCUGUAGAUGUUAAUAAAUGGAGAGAUGAAGAUACACUUGCAAUCAGAAAGAAAAAGAUAAGAAAUUUGCAGGGAAUUUCGGAGACAAUGUGGUUAUAUCCAGAUAAGGAAGUUGUAUUUUUAUUCAAACCCUUUCAGUUCAUAAUCACCAUUUAAAAGUCAGCAUAAAGAAACAAAAAUGGGGCAUUUAUUAAACAUCAAUAAUAACCAGCACCUUUUAUGCAUCUGAGUUAGAAGUUUUUGUAGCUCAAACCUCACUCCUACGGCUUAAAAUCCCACGUAUGCUGUGGGAGUGACUCAUAUUGAGAGAGAGAGAUAAUAAAACAAUGUUGCGCAUGAAAAAAAA